AUGUGUCGGGCUACGCUCGGGCUUCCCCUGCAGCCCAUUGUGAUCCAGCCCGCUAGGUGCUCCCUGCCGCCCAUUGUGACGCCUGCCAGCCGCAGGCUGGGUCCCCGAGGCGGGCGGCAUUUAGGCUCGGUCUCCACAGCCAUGGCCGCGACGCAGGAGCUGCUGCUGCAGUUGCAGAAGGAUAACCGAGAUGGUCGCCAGCGGAAGCAGGAGCUAGAGAAGCUGAUGCGCGGGCUCGAGGCCGAGAGCGAGAGCCUCAAUCGGCGCCUGCAGGACCUGAGCGAGCGGGAGCGAAGCCUGCUGCGGAGGCGAAGCCAGGCAGCGCAGCCUCUGCAAGGGGAGGCGCGCGAGGCGGCGCGGGAGCGCGCGGAGCGGGUGCGCAGAAGGCUGGAGGAGGCGGAGCGCCACAAGGAGGACUUGGAGCAGCACAGCAGGCAGCUGCAGGAGCAGUGGGAGGAGCUGUCGAGUCAGCUCUUCUACUACGGAGGGGAACCACAGAGCCAGAAGAGCACGGAGCAGCAACUCGCAGCCCAAUUGGUGACGCUGCAGAAUGAACUGGAGCUGGCGGAGACUAAAUGCGCCUUGCAGGAGGAGAAGCUGCAGCAGACAGCGGAGGCCUGGGCCAUAUUCCAGGAGCAGACCGUAGUCCUGCAGGAGGUGCAGGUGAAGGUGAUGGAGGCUGCGGAGGAGCUGGACGCCUGGCAGAGUGGCCGGGAACUGUGUGACGGGCAGCUUCGCGGAGUGCAGUACAGCACCGAGUCGCUCAUGGAGGAGAUGGCCAGGGCGGACCGAGUGAGCGCCUGCGCGGGUCCGGGCGGAGUGGGCUGGAGCGGGACACCCCUCCCCAUCCCCCCCGCGGUACCGCCUCCCCCUCCUCCUGGAAACCAGGCCGGCGCCGCGGGCGCGGAGGUAGCUGGAUGCGGCCCUCUCUCCCCGCAAGAGAUGCGGCUGUUCCGCGGCCCUCGCGCGCUGGCCAUCAGGCGGUGCGUGCUGGGCGCGCUGCAGGUGCUGCUGACGCUGCCGCUCCUCUUCCUGGGGCUGUCGCUGCUCUCGACGGUGCUGUUGGACCCCGGCGCCGUCUCCGCGUGGCUCUGGAGCCUCACCUCGGAGACGACGCUGCGCCGCCUGCGCUACACGCUGUCCCCGCUGCUGGAGCUGCGCGCUAACGGGCUGCUGCCAACCUAAGUGCAGCGCCCCGCGCCUGGCUCCAGGUGGACUCCAGGGCACCUGGCUUUAUUUCUGGUGCACUCCUCUCCUGAGAGUGUAGACCAAGGUCGCCUAAUAAACUCCUCAAGGGAUGAA